UGAGAGCGUCUGAGUAAAAUAGUGGUGCUUACUUAGCUGAUUGUUAACGUCCGGCAAACUUUUGUACAGAGCAUCAGUUCGAUUCGUAUUUGAUCUGUGUUUUAUCGUGAGUUCGUAAAUUCAAAUUAAUGUUCAAUAACUUUUUCGUCAGGUGCUCCAAGUUCAAAUAAAAAUGGAGGAAAGAGUUGAUCGAGAUGAAUCAGAUCAUUCAGAUGUAGCUCUGCCUAGAGUUGAUGUGCUUUACGAUGGGUAUUCCUACUUGGAAAAUGGAACUAUGAAAGCAAACUGCUCAUGUGUUCUAAUCAAAGGAGAACAUAUUGUAAUUGUAGAUACCAUGACUGCAUGGGAUAAGGAUAAUAUUUUGAAAGGCCUGGAGAAGCAUCAAGUGGGACCAGAUGAUGUUUCAUAUGCCAUAGCAACACAUGGACACAGCGACCAUGUAGGCAACCACAACCUCUUCACCAAGGCUGUUCAGCACAUUGUGAGCUACACUGUGUCUUGUAGAGAUGCAUUUUACCUGCAUCCAUUUGACACAGGUGAAGCCUACCACUUGACACCCCACAUCAGCGUGUUGCCCACUCCAGGCCACACACGGGAGCAUGUCAGCGUCAGAGUCAACUCGGAAAACCUUGGCAUUGUUGUCAUUGCUGGUGAUCUAUUUGAGCGCGAGGAAGACAUCUUGAAUCCUACACUGUGGCGCGACGCAGGUUCAGAAGACGAGGCGCUGCAGAGACGACAUCGCUGCAACGUUGCCGAGUUUGCCAACCACAUCGUGCCUGGCCACGGGCCUCUCUUCCGGGUCACUGAGGCCCACCGUGAGGCUCUGAGGGAGCAGGUGGUGGCACCGUGAGGCUCUGAAGGAGCAGGUGGUGGCACCGUGAGGCUCUGAUGGAGCAGGUGGUGGCACUGUAAGGCUCUGAGGGAGCAGGUCGUGGCGCCGUGAGGCUCUGAAGGAGCAGGUGGUGGCACCGUGAGGCUCUGAAGGAGCAGGUGGUGGCACCAUGAGGCUCUGAGGGAGCAGGUGGUGGCGCCGUGAGGCUCUGAGGAGCAGGUGGUGGCACCGUGAGGC